CUGUAAUCAUGAACACUUCGACAUAUUCCCGACCACUGCUUGGAAAACAACCAGCCCGGAUCCUGCUGGUGGACAGUGAAAGUUUCCCCUCGGACCCGGACAUGGUGGACUGUUUGACCGAAGCCAUCAGCAACUUCUUCUCCGUGGCCUGUAAUCUGGGGGGUCCCUCCAGAAUGUCAUUGUUUGGAAUCAUGACUUUUUCAUCUUACCCAGAGAUUCUGUUACCUCUGUCGCAUGUGAAGAGUAAUUAUGGCAGAAUUCAAAGCGCCGUAAAAGACUUGCAAUCCGCUUUGAAAAGCAGAAAUUCGGCGGCGGAGACGGAAACUUCUGUCACCAGAGCCAUCGAAGAGGCUUGUCGACAGUAUCAAAGAUAUAUGUCUUUCAACAGUCUCCAGGUGCGAGGAGUUCUUCAGCAGGUAGAGAUAGUUUUGAUGACGUUAAGACAAACAAAAAAGAUGCAACAGCAGAUCGAGGAAGCUCUGGAAAGUAGCGACCUAACAAACCUAAAGCGAGUCCAGUUGGUGGAGGUAGACUCGUGGACCAAAGAUCUGAUGGAGACCAUACCAAGUCUGAGUCAGAGCAGCGGCUUGUCUUCCAACAGUAGUAGUCCAACCUGUGGACUUCUGGACGUGGUCCGUCUAGACGGAGACGGUCUAAGUCUUCAAAACUUCUUCAAUGCCUGGCUUUUGAAUACAGACACUGACACCGAACACCUUCACUUAGUCCUACCCGAGGAUUCUUUUUCUGAUAAUGGUAACUUUAUCAUUCGGUGUGAUUUACAAGAGAGGGUCCUAAAUCCAGCCCAGCUGCCGUUUUAUGAACAGUUUACAGUACAUUCGGAAUCUGCAAGCAUGAAAACCUUUCCUACCCCAAGCAAAGCUGCAGGAAUGUGGAUACCUAUACACCGUAUUAUCAUUACUGAUACGAUACCUGUACAAAACAUAUGUGAAUCUGUCAUCUUUGGUGUGCCAAUGAUCGUCCAAGCCACAAGCUGUUGGAAGUUAGAAUGGGAAGAAUUGGAGAAAAAUCAGCAACGGUUUAAAGCGCUCUGCUAUUUACUUAUGGAGAAGGAAAUGGCCCUGAUAGGACACAUCAAAUCCCCGGACCCUAGUCUCCAUGGUGGGAAUAAGAAGGCAAGUAAGACUCUUCUACCUGGAAAGGCAUCAGAGGAAAAGCCAUGUGGCUGGUAUGUAUUCCUGCCAGCUCCCAACGGUACACUUCUUGUCAAAGGUAUUGCCGCCAAAGAACUUCUUCUCCCGUACACUGGAACAACAGUAAUGGACGAUAUAUCGGACGAAGCGCUGGAUAGUAUGAGGGAAAGUUUUGAAAAGUUAGAAGUUCUGGACAAUUUCAACCCACUCCAACGACCCUCUGGACUUUAUCGCUGUUUGAAGGCAAAAUACGGAUACGAGGAAGACAAACAUACAAAGCACAAGUCCAGCCAGAUCAUUGACAUGUGCAGCUCCCCUAAGCAGCCAUGCCCAGGAGCUUCGUUAAAAAUAGACCACACGGGACGACGCCAUCCGACAGGCAGAGGCGGCACACACAGAAGAAUGUCUCCUCUCCCCGUCAAAGUCGGUCGGUUGAGAUCCCUGGUAGAAUUUCCACAGGAACUUUAAUGGAGAAAUUGCCUUAUCUUUUUUUUGCCAGGAAUUUUUAAAUCAAACCAAAUUUAUCUAUUGCAUAAACCAAUGUGAAUGUAACAAAUAAGGGAUAUCUAAAGGUUAAUUAAAACAGUUGAAAUAUACAAUUAUGCUUUUGGUAAGUUUUGCAAUACAA